AUGUCGAUGUUUGGGCAUAUCGACGGCGACGGCUACGGCCGUGGCUUCAACCCCUUUGGCGGCUUCGGCGGCCCCGGCAUGGAUCGCCGCUUUGCGCCACCGCCCCGCGCCUACGACGAGUACUUCAAGGCCUAUAGCAUGGCAAUGCUGCCCGGAAGGGAGAGACUCAACGUCAGCUACGGAGGAAAAAUCAUUAUGCCGCCGUCAGCGCUGGCCCACCUCACCAACCUCGAGAUCGAGUCCCCUUGGCUGUUCAAGCUUCGCAGCACCGGUGCCGCCGAGGUCAAGACGACCCAUGCGGGUGUGCUCGAGUUCAUUGCCGACGAGGGCAACGUCCACCUUCCAGCCUGGAUGAUGCGCACGCUCGGCCUUUCCGAGGGAGACCCCAUCCGCCUCACCGGUGCCACGCUGCCCAAGGGCAAGAUGGUCAAGAUCCAGCCGCAGACGGUCGACUUUCUCGAGAUCAGCGACCCAAAGGCCGUCCUAGAGCAGGCGCUGCGCAACUUUUCCACGCUCACCACCGGCGACAUCAUCGAGAUCAGCUACAACUGCCUCACGUUCGAGAUCCUCAUCAUGGAAAUCACCCCCGACGCCGAGGGCAUCGCGAUCAUCGAGACGGAUCUCGAGGUCGACUUUGCACCGCCCAAAGGCUACGUCGAGCCCACGCCGCAGCCACGCGCUCCCCCGCCGACGAUGGCGUCCAAGCUCAAGAUCGACAGCAACAAGACCGAGUCGAUCCCGCCGACCCGCGUCUCGACGCCUGGCUCCAGCUCGCGAGGCGCCGGUGGGGCCGGCGGCAGUGCAGCGGCAGGCGGAGGCUCGACGCCCGUGCCUGCCGGACCCUUCCGGGGCGGCGGCCAGACGCUGAGCGGCAAAAAGACGAAGGGCAAGAAGGACAAGCCCAUCGAGCAGCUCGACGACUUCAGCAUGAUCCGCCGUACCGACAAGCCGCGCAUCAUCACCAGCGACACGCAGCUCGAGGAGAAAAAGAUCCCGGCCGCCCUCAACCUGCCGUUUGGCAAGCUCUUUUUCGGCUACGACGUCAUCCCGGUCGGUGGGAAGGAGCCAAAGGGGCCCGAAGGCAGCGAUGCGAGCGAGCCGACAGCGGCCAUCAGCUUCGGGGGCAGCGGCAAGACGCUGUCCGGACGGGCCCCCAAGCCGAGACCGCCGCCAAAGGCAGAUGGGUCCGGCGAUGCCAACGCCACACCGGCCCAGUCGCAGGCCUACACGCUUGGCGGCGGCCGCGUGCUCGGAGAGAGCUCGACCUCUCGCGGCAGCGGUACCAGCACGCCGUCCAGCUCGCGUGGCGGAGGCAAGAGCCUCAACGACCGGAAGCGAGAAGUCAUUGAGCUCGAUUCCGACUGA